AUGGAUGACAACCGUAACACCACCAUUCGCCCAGACAACUUUUCCGAUACAUCGUCCAACAGCAUACCUACUACACCCGCCCUUCCUAAAGAACAUCGUGAUCUUUUGAAAAAGGAUAACAACAACAACAGCACCACGUUCGUAUCAGAGGAUGUUGAUAAUUAUGCUACUGCUGAACAUGUGGCAGCUUGGCUUCCUCUUGAUGACCCUCCAAAGGAUAACAAUACAAGCAACCAUGAUAUUUUGAUUGAUGCUAUACCGCCCCUUCCAGCCAAGGCCACCCGUUUACCUGCACCUGCAGCUAUUUGGAAAACAUGGGACAGCCCAACAUUGCUUCCUUGGGGAAAUGACAGCAUUUGGAUGUCUUCCAAUAAGCAACGUCGUUUCAGCACAAGCUUACCACCAGCAUUGUUGCCAUCUGCUACGCCGACAUCGAUCACAACACCCAAGAGAAGAACAUCUGUUACGACCCUUUCCUCCUCCUCCAUGCCCUAUCAUCGUCGCUCUUCUUUUCCUGACACUGUGCUUUCGACUACGGAUCAAAGCAAAAAGGAUUAUUGGCAAUCAUUGGUAUCAGGUGAUCUAGAUAGACCGUUGUAUACAAAGACCGACGCCGCUUUUCGUCGUUAUUCGUCGCCGUCUUGUGCUGCAGCAGCGGCAUCAUCGUCAUCAUCCAUGUGUCACCAAGAUCCGCCUUUGAGCCCUGAACUUAUGCAACGUAUUGAUGACUAUUUUAGCAGCACCCCAUCGAUGAGUAAUCGUAUGAACGCGGGUUCAUUGGCUGCAUCCAUGUCCUCAAUGACUGCAAGUGAGGUGCAGAAUAUGGGCAAGGGUGUUCCCCUGCUUGAAUUGUUACACGAUGACACUGUCACCCUAUUUACGGUGGAACUGGCACCUGGACGACAAGACAUUUAUUAUAUGCAGCAUGAUGAAAAUCAUAAUGAAGUGGUGAAAGAAGGUGAUUUGGUGAUUGUGGAAGCUGACCGUGGACAAGAUAUGGGUCAAGUGAAAGGAGUUUUUGCCAAGACUACCACCAAGGAUGAUGACGACGACGAUGAUGGAGAUGACAACAACACGACGUGUAUAAGACGAUUGUAUCGAUUGGCGACUCGUGAAGAGAUUGCCACCUUACCUACAAAAGCACAAGAUGAAGCCAAGGCGUUAUUGGUGUGUCAAAGCAAGAUCAAAGAACGUGAAUUACCGAUGCAGGUGCUGAGAGCCGAGUACCAAUGGGAUCGUCGUAAAUUGACCUUUCAUUUUACUGCUGAAGAACGAGUCGAUUUUAGAGAGUUAGUGAGAGAGCUGUUUAAGCUAUACAAAACCCGUAUUUGGAUGUGUGCCAUCAAUAACAAGCAUCAUCACCAUUCUUCUUCCUUUUCCUCAUAA